AUGGCCACCGGUGGAUCUUCUCGCGGCACAACGGUGGUUUGGGGCGAUUACGGCCUUCGAAUGGUUGAUCACGACCGAAGAAUGCCCGCAUCAGCGCUGAAGAUUGGUUAUGAAACGAUUCAGAAGCGACUAAGAGGAAUGAACUAUAAAAUUUUCCCUCGAGUCAGUGCCAAUAUCGGUGUUUAUACGAGUGGUAACGAAAUGCGAAUGGGAAAAGGAAAGGGUAAAUUUGAUUAUUGGGCAGCGAGGGUCGGAGUCAGUCGAGUCAUUUUCGAACUGAAGGGAGAUGUACACGAAAAGGUUGCCAGAGACGCGUUUAGGUUGGCCGCUCACAAGAUGCCUGGAGUGUAUGAAUUCGUAAAGAAAGGCGACCCGCCCGUUGUUGGUAUUACCAAACUGAAAGACGGUGUUACUCUGGAAUCACUCAAAAGGCCGCGAAGGGCAGUUCCUCUCAACUCGAAACCCGAGGCUGUAUCAACAACACCGGCACCCCCUUCCUAA